AUGGAAUCGAAAGGUCAUGAUGCUUCAAACCAGUCACUUAUGGAUGAAGUCCUUCAACUAUUGGAGAAGACAAAGGCAAGUCUAAAUGUCACCCAUUCAUUCGCUUUGCAAAUUAGUGAUACGGCAAAGUCAUUUAAGGUGUAUGUGUCUGAUUUGGAAGUUGAAGACGAUGUUCAUCAAUUUUCUACAAGAGAAGUUCAAACUAAGGUUAAUGCAGUUGGAACCAGUUUUUCAAAAUUUAAAAGUGCAACAAAGGUUAAUGAGAAGCUUGUUGUUAGGGAAGCAAUAUCUAAUCCAAAUGAUCAAGUUGUACACGAGAUGCUGAAGAUUUUUGUGCCAACGUUGCUUACUGAG